GAGUCAGGCUAAGGCCUCAGAGAGAGAGAGAGAGAAGGGGAGAUUAGCGGACACCCCACACGGUCUGUGAAGGAGAAAAAAGAGAAGGGGGGAAAUCUUCAAUCAUGCCAUCAGGUUCUAAGAAGAGAAAGGCUGCCAAGAAAAAGAAGGAACAAGCUGCCACCAACAUCGAUUCAUCUCCUAAAAACAUCCCACAUGGAAAUGGGGAUCCAAUAAGCCAAGAUGAAAGGGAAAGUGAUGGCGGUGAUGUUGGUUCCCCUGCAUCUCAGGGUGACUACAAUCACCAGCAUCCAUUCAAUCAGAGUGAAGAAGAAGGGAAAAGGGAGCAUUCACCUAUUCAGUUACAUGCAGCCGAGGAGAAGUCUGCGGAACAGGUCAUUGGGAAUGCGGAAAACACCGUGAUAUUAGGAUCGAAUGAUGUUGUUGCUGUUAAAAUUGAAAAAGAGUGGGGACCUGAGGAGAAUCUUGAGAGCACACUUGUCACUGUUCAGGACAUCGAGCAUGAUAAGAGCUCUAGUAGCAGUUCUGAUGUUGAGUCUGAAGCCUCUGAGAAGAAGUCAAAAGAUGAAGCCUAUAAUUUUGGUUCUGAAGUGACCGCAUAUGGCAAUGACGAUAAGCCUGUUAGUGUUAUAUCUGAAGAUGUCCUGAAGGUUGUUGAAAAUGCAGCAGUCAGAAAUGUUGGCAGUAAUUCUGCUGCAGGAACUGCCGAUGUUGACAAUUUGGUAAAAACUGCUGUAUCUGUGCAAGAGGAAGUGGAUCAUGCUACAGAAGUUUCUGCAAACAAAUCAGCGUCUGAUGUUGAUCCAGGGUUGAAUGAAAGUGAAGAGAAGUUAUUGCCCUCCUCAAAUGGCAUCUCUAGGUUUGAAAAUGAAGGAAAAAUUUCCUCAUCCUCUGUUACUUAUGCUGAAAGUAGUACUGUGGUGGACAAAACUCAACAUUUUGAAUCCCGUGAUCAUUCUGAAAAGCAGCCUGUUGUUGCUUCAACUCCACCCAUGGUGCAAAGAACCUCAGUGUUAAGUUGCUGUGGAUUGUUUGCUGUUUUUACUGAUUCUGGAAGAUAAUUGCAGAACUCGGUAAAUUUUUUCUUGCACAAUACCUGGAGGCUAUGCAUGAAUCGAUUGCCUCCCUAUUCAAUUAGUGUUCAACUUGUUGAGGGCAUUUGUAUUUUCACCUCACCUCCAUUUCCAAUUUGAAAGUUCAAAAUUUUGCUGGCUCAGGAAACUGUUUUUCAUUUGUUUGUUUCGUGUAAAGUGUCUUGGGGUUUAUGGGUGAGCUUUUUGCGGCUUUGGGAGGUCUCUUUUGCUAUUCCUGAGUGUCCUGCAGCAGUGAUUUCCGGUUGGUUUGACCUUGUGUCUCGACCAUUUGGGGUUUCGUACCAAGAGCCGUUUUGUGGUCCAUUUGGAAGAUGAGGAAUGAGAUCGUAUUUAACAACGGGAAGUUGGAUUUUGCUUUGUUAUCCUUUCUCUCGAGGUAUAGAGUAGCAGCUUGGUUUACCUCAAAAUUUCCAAAAAUGCUGAUUUCUUUUGAUAGCCUAGUGGGGAAUCCUUCAUUAGCUGAUCGUGUUUCGAAUCCCGAUAGGAUCCCUUCAAAUUUGGUGAGCUGAUCUCUGCCUCCAAUCGGUUUUGUUAAAGUGAACGUGGAUGGUGCUAUGGAUAGAAUGUGAUUGAAAGGUGGCAUCGGAGGGUUGCUUAGAGAUGAGAAAGGUGUGGUGUUGGGAUCGUUCUCUGAGAGAGUUGGUUCUGGCCCUUCUAUUCUAGCAGAACUGUUGGCAAUUAAGAGAGGGUUGUUGCUUUUCUUAGAAUCGGGGAUGCCGGUGAAUUGAAGACUUAUUUUAGAAUCCGAUAGUGUUGUGGCUGUGGAUUGGAUCAAGAAUCCUGCUGCCACCACCCCGUUGUUCUUUUCCAUAGUUAAAGAUAUCGCCUCGAUUGUGGUUGAUAAAGGUGUUACUAUUAGGCAUGCGUUGAGAGCAGGGAACUGGGAGGCGGAUGAAUUUGCUAAGUUGGGGAUAGGCUAAUUGGUCGGGGUAUUUUUGUUGCAUUGAGUGUGUUGUAUUUGGGGAACUUUGGUCAUUUUUUAUAAUUGUGUUUUGCUUGCAGUUGGUCGAUUGUCUUUAGGAUAUAGUUUUUAUGAGUUCGGCUUGGUAAUUGCUAUGUUUCUGUAGUUUAUUGUAGCUCAUUGUUGAGGUGGUAGUC